UGUGUUAAGGGUCGUUGUAAAAGAAUGUGUCUCUAGUCUGUCUAUUGUUAUACAUGGGCUCCUGUGCUGACACAUUUUUCCAGGUCACUGCAAACCACAUGCCGACAGACUUAGAAUAAUAACAAUGUGUCGUUUCUGUUGUUUUCCAUGAGUUGAUUUGUCUGAAGACUUAUAAUCAAACGCUUCAGUUGUUGAAUUACGAAAAAUCAUGGAGGUCAGCUCUGAAGACACAAAUAAGAAACCAACAUUAUAUAGACAGAACAGCGCCACUCAGCCAGCCGGAACUAGCAAGAUUACUUCUGCAUCACAGCCGCCAAGUAAAGCGUCAGUCAGUAGAUCUAACUCACAGGAGUCGACUGCACCUCUGUCUUCUGCGAACAGUACGAUUAUGUCUGCCGCACAAAGUCCCCUAACCAAACACAUCAGCACAGCUUCACAGCCGCCAGAAAGGUCAGAGUCGGCUACGCCACAGAAAAACGUUGCAGUCAAGUCUGGAGACUCUUUAGGACUCGAUAAAGAACCAAACGCAGAGAUGCCCGAUUCAAAGCCUAAAACAGUUUCUGAGAUGAUCUCAGCUUUGAGACAGAAUUCUGUGGAGCCGACAAGGCCUCAGAGUGAUUCUAUCAAAGCUCAAAAAUCUCCUCAGUCAACUGCGUCAACAAACCCCACGCUUCUAGGCAGGUCUUCAAUGAUAGAUGCUGGUAGUAAACACGUUGACGUCAUUCUAAUUGAAAAACAGAGUAAGGCACCCGAAGGCGCAUCGGAAGUUCCGAAAGCCUCAAAAGUCUCCGAGUUGAUUACCUCAAUGGGUUUGUCAAAGCCAGCAGAAUCAGCAUCUUCUGAGAUGUCAACAGAGUCAAUAACUUCCAAGAGAGCGUCAUCUUCUUGGACUCUGCCUACAACACCAUCGAAAAUAAUGUCAGCGUCUCAGCCCCCUACUAAUCAGCCAAGCGCUAGCCUAAGAGCUCCAAUAACUGAACAAAGGAAAGAUUUUCAGAAGCAGUUUCAUGAAAAAGAGAGGCAAGCUCCAACGACAGCUCUGGAAGUUAUACCCAACGACUCUGCUCAGCUGCCUCCUCCAAUACCCUCAAGGAAAGUUUCACCACCAACCUCGCAGCUACUACCGUACCAAGUCAGCUCAAGUGCUUUUCCACCAAGCAGAAGAAUGCCUCCUGUGCCUCCUCAGUCAACACCCCAUUCACCAAUAGCUGGCCGGCCACUUCCGCCAACUCCGCCAGUGGCGGAAGGUUUCCCAACUCCAUUUCUUUUACGAAGCACGCCUCUUCCUGCGCCCCCAGGUAUGAACGCUUCUACAGCAGAAUCCACAUUCCCAAAGACAUCUACGCUCCCUCUGAAGAAUCCAAUAGCGCAACACAAAACUGCUAGUCUACCACCGGGAAUAAGGCUCCACGUCAAUGCAGACAAUGAAACGAUUCCCUUGCAGAAUGAUGGCAUUGUAUAUGAAAGUCAUUAUGAUAAAAUAGUCUACGACAAGACUGAGUUGAACGUAGCGACAAGAGUAAAGGAACUAGAGGUAAAAGAGCUGAAAAUGAAAGAAGAACUUCAGAAGGAACAGGCUCUCAUUCUUGAAGAAGUCAAAAAAAUUAGCGCCUCCGUAGAGCAUCUGAGGACAUGGACCAACAAGUGUCAGGAGAUGCUGGUCGAGGACACGGUCAAAUGUCAGGAGAGCGUGGAGUCCCUGAAGGCCAGGUCAAAUGACGUCACCCGCCUCCUCAGAGAACACAUUAUCAUGAUCAGCCAGGACGUUUCCAAGGCAGCAUCACAGCUUUUCCAGCACGAGUUUUCUGCGAAGGAGCAUCGCAUUAUGCACAUCUUUGAUUGGAGCAUCAAGCUGAUUGGAAGCUUGGACAAGUCCCUUGGCGAGACGGUGAUCAGCCAUGGCUACAACAUCGCUGAACUGAACUACAUCUUCACUGCAGUCGCCCAGUACACUCGGGACGGAAACAUUUUCCUGAAGAUAACAGGAGCCAGACAAUCCGGGACGGAAUCGACACUGUCCGGAAAUUUCGAUUGCAGGGUAUGUUUCACGGACGCUUCGGACACAAUGCCGGACUGGAUUAUAGGCAGGGUGAUGGGGAACCUGUUCAAAGAUAACGAAUGGGUUGUUGGGACAAUCUCAGCGUCAGAAUUGAAAGAGAAAAACUAUUGCCAAGAUGGGCAUGUGUUUAAAAUCAAAUUUGCAAUCGACCUCUUGAAAUGAUAUUUCAUUCUCAGUGCAAAAAUUAAUUUGAAAGACAAUGCAACAAAAUCUGGCACACAAUGGAUUGGAAAUAACAUUUAGAUAUUUAGACUGCUUCUCUUUGUUUGCUUAUAAAUGUUUCAUUGCUAGUAAUAAAAAAAAAAAGUAAAGCUCCCCUUUCAGACCUCGUGGCAUACAGGUCAUUUUCUGUGGCCUACGGUUAACAAGAGUGACAUGUGGCAAUCACAACGACCAACCGCCUUUAAUUUCACCAACUAAAGCUGGUCGGACUCAGAGGCGCCCAAAGAUCCCGAAAUUAAAAACCCCAGUCUUCACAAGGAUUCGAACCCGGCAACUCGGUUCGAAAGCCAAGCGCUUUACCACUCAGCCACCGCGCCUCCCUCCGUGUUGAUGCCAGCACCAAUAAAACAUUCUAGUGAUUGAGUGUAGAACUUUUGAUGUACUUACUUGAACCUUAAAAUUACCUCCUUUGUGCUUUGGUCAAAUACAUUUUGAAUUUUUAAAAAAUGUGAAUUUUUUGCUUGUUUGGGUUUGUUGGUUUCUCUGUGUUUUUUUCAACAAAUUCGAACGUGUUCUAUUCAUCGAUUCUAGUUAUAAUACGUUAUAAAAUCAAAUUCAAUGUAUAAUUAGCUCAUUCGGUUACAUUUGCAGUACAGAAACAUUUCAUUUUCUUUCUGGUUGGCUUCUCUUAGCUGUAGGAAUGCACAAUGUACAGCUUUUAGUUUUUUACUGAUUUCUUCAGAUAUUUAGCUUAAUAGAACAGCGCCUCAAGGGAAUCUACGGGAAACAAAAAUAAUAGUAACAAUUAAAUUUUCAAGAAUUAGUUUGGAUCAGUCAUAUAGUUAAAUCUGCAAUAGAUCUAGACUAACAACAAUAAAUCUGUGCAGUUAAUAAUAUUUUACCAAUUAUUUUUGUUUAGCACUUUUUUAUGCUUUUAGCUUUCUCAAUACGCUAUGAUCCUAUCACAUGUCUGGACCAGUUGGGACACUAGAGUGGGAGGGAGAAAGAAGGGGAUAUCUGGGUGGAUUUUUACCGUAAUUGGUUUUUAAAAACAUUAACAGAAAACAAAAAAAGAGUGGGGGAACGACCUGAAUUCCAACUCGUGGCUCACGCUUUCUCUGGCCGACUCACUAACCAUUCUGCUGAUGAGGUACUAAUGACUACACAAGAUUGUAUAGUUAUACAUGAUUUCUUUCAAUUUAAAGCUGCAAGUCCUUUUACAUCACCACUUCAGUCAAGUACAAUGUCUUUCUCUUGUUCGAGAUACCAAACAAAAUAAUUAAUUACCAACAGUUAAUUAAACUAAUUGGUUAAUGUGGUUUUUUUUAUUGAUUCUUGUGUUGUCAAGUAUAAAAAAAUAAUUGUGCAAAAGUUCAGCUCCGAGAUUGGGUGUGGGAGAAAUAAGUGAACAAACGUUUUACCAGACAGACAGAGUUUAUAUAAGCUGUGUAAAUAUGGGCCACAAUGACAUUUGAACCCAUGACAAGUAUUUUUAUUAUUACUUCAUUGUUACUUUUGUACCCCUUUUCAAAUGGUAAUUAAAUGUGUUGUCGCGUAGUGUCGCGUAGCAAGAGUUACCGUAUUUUCGCCAAUAUACCUCGCACAAACUACAAAACAAGUAAAAAUAAAAUCGUAUAACCCGCAUGCUUACAUACCCCGCCAGUGCUAAGCGUGACUUGCCGUAAAGUACCAGUACACAAAAGACUAUCAUCAGUACUGUUUGUUUUCUUGAGAUUUAAAAUGAGAUCUAAAAUGUACAAUUCACAACCAUACAGCGAAAAAUAGGCGGUAUUAAGACCCACCGGUAUGUCUACAGAUUCCUUGAUGCUGUGUAUAAAUACAUUUUGUAUAUCCCGCACAGUUGUAUAUGUAUACCCGCACGGCUGCCAUGUUGAAGUGAGGGCUCUUAUAACUCGCGAGUAGUAUGAGCGAAAAUACAAAAGUUGAUUAAAUACCGCUCGACGGAAGAAUGAAUAAGUAACAACAUAAAUAAUUGUAAUUUCAGUUAGUUUUUUUAAAUGUGCAUUAUGGCGAAAAUGUGACUUAAUAACAGAAAUUGAAAAAAUGUUACAUUUUGUUACCAAUAUAAUGAGCAUUGUCUUCUUUUAAUGAUUUUACUCUUUAUGAUAACCCCUGCUGAUUAUCUGGAGUGCUCUCCUUUCUUGUGACAACUUCCGACAUCUUUUUGAUAGAGUUGUCUUUUCAUUACCGGUGGCAUGUCAUUUAGGUCUCGGUAAUUGACUUCAAAAAUAUCUUGGCUUCCGGUGUAGACUUUCAAAACAAUAGCAUCCGUAAUAGUCUCCGUUAUUUUGAUACAAGAAAGAAAUAGAGAUGUAAUGUAAAAGAAAAACAUAAACAAUGUUACCAGACUACUCUCUAAACGACAAACUGGGCUCGUGUGUAGAACUGAGUGUUUUGUUUUAAGAAAGAGGGUUUCAGGGUUAAAUCCUUCACAAAGUUUGAAAGUAAUAUAUUAACAAACAGCAUAAGAUGGAAAUGUAGUUACAUAUUACGAUGGUAAGGCCAGGGGAGACACCAAUGAAUUUUAAUUUAAAAAUAAUGAGUUGUGAUCCUGGCAGGUCUAUGAACUCAUGAUUAUAUCCAUAGAAAUAAUAAUUAGCUUUAUCCACAGAUUUCAAGGUAUACAUUCAUAAAAAAUCUAGAUCUAAGUGUCUUAAAAUAAAUGUAACGUUUUAGCGUAUAGACACUUGAUGGACAAACAUAGGAAUAGUGUGCUUUAUUUAUUUCCUUUUUAGCAUGUUUCUAUGUACAACUAAUGAUACGUCGCUACAUAUAUCAUACCAAAAUAACACAGACAUCCCACUAUUUCUCUCUCUCUCUCUCUCUCUCUCACUCUCUCUCUCUCUUACACACUUAUAGACAUGCACUUCCCACUGUCUCUUUCACCUGCAGACAGACACACACAGACAGGGCCGGCCUUGGAUAAAUGGAGGCCGUAGGCGAAGUGAAUUCGGUGGCCUUAAAUCAAUUUAUAUAUAUAUAUAUAAACUGAGAAAAAUAAAAUUAAUAAAUUUAUUGAAAACCUGCCUGUGUCUACAUCUAAAUCGACAAAUAACUGAAAUUCAUAAAUCGCAAUUUCCGAAGUAGAGACAGAGUUAGACUAGUAAACAUAGAGUCAUAGUAGAGACAGAGUUAGACUAGUAAACAUAGAGUCAUGGUGCUCUGCUAUGUUUGAGAUCUUUUCAAAGUUUUGCAAUUUUAUCUAUUUUUUGUUAGUCUUGUGUGAGGUCCUGGGUAGCUGCCUAGUUUGCAUACGCUUUAGACGGCUCUGACACGCAUCCCAUGAUCUCUCUCUCUCUCUCUCUCUCUCUCUCUCUGUCUCUCUCUCUCUCCCUGUUUUUCAUGAUCUGAACUUUGGACUCGCAAUGAAUUAAUUUGUUGUUCUUAACUAAGCAAAUUUUUAACCUAAAUGUUACAUAAUGUAUAUGACUUAUUUUAGGAAACAUUUCUAUUCUGUCACUGCCGUCUUUGUCACUUGAAUAAUAUCUUACAUAUGUUAGCAUAGUUAGGUCCUUAAGCAGGAUUUUCUGUCCCUGUCCUGACAAGACACGGCACUAACCCCCAUAAGUGUUCUUAAAAAGAAGCGUGGAAGAAGAAAAGGAACGAGCCAAAACUAGCGUGACUGGUAGGAGAUGACGGGAGGGGUGGUCGGGGCGUGGUAUAGUUGGAGCCUUGUUUUAUGAGAGGGUCUUAAGUGACAAAUGAUGUUCAAGGCGAGGCUUAUUUACACCAGACAAUUUAAUAAUCAUAAUUGUUUACAAUUAUAAUAUGUCCAUAUGGAGCCGCGAAAUGUAAACAUAGCAUUUAUUUAGAAAAAAAAAUAUAAGUUUCAUUUCAGGUGGACAGCUCCAUGUAAAACGUGAGUUUAAUCAUUGAUCUGUUUCUGUGACUAAUAUUUAAAAGGAUGUCGUGAGGUCAGCACAUUCAACCUUUACUAUCUCUUGAUUUUAAAGCAUGUAGGUCUAACACAUCCCCAUUUACUUGGAUUGAGACUAGAGACCUUUUAUCAUAGAUCUUUAGCUGUCUCCCAUAACCGAUUGUAUCGCUAUGCCAGUAACAAGAGCUGUGUGUGAUCUGAUGUUGCUAUAACUUUAAAAAAAAAUACAGUAAAUAACAAUUGUUAUAAAAUCUAUUUUU